CCAGUAUAUGAGGUGCUAGAGAGCAGUAGGUUUGUUGAGAUUUGUGUUGAUCUCGAAGGUAGUCUUGAAGACCUUGUGAUCGUCAAUCUAUUAACUAUACCUGGUUCUGCCACUGCCACUGACUUUCAUCCACUGAGAGAGAGUCUCACCUUUAAUCAGAGUGGAAGGCAGUGUGUGAAUGUGAGCAUCGUGACUGGAGAUGCCCUGGAAAACCAUGAGAAAUUCUCUGUUAUUCUGUCCACUCGAGAUGAUCGAAUUGAAGUUAAAAGCUACUUUGCCUCUGUUAACGUUAUUGAAGAUGGCGCUGGUGAAGACUACUCCAACAUCCUUGCCCAACUUGUGGUGUUGAAACUGAGAUUUCAACGCAGUAUCGAUCUGACUGAUCAAGGAUGUGUGAAUGUGACAAUUUUGAGUGAUAUUUUCGUGGAGAAUGAUGAAGUGUUUGCUGUUCAUUUAUCAACUGAAGACCGUUCGGUUAUUCUUAAUCCAGAUCGAGCUGACGUCACUAUUACUGACAAUGACAAUAUUGAGGUUGACUUGGUGUCUGCAAUCAUCACUGUUGGAGAAGCAGGGGAAGACUAUGAGCCUCAUAUAAACACACCAUUGGUGUUCACUUCUGGAUCCACUGUUGGAGUGCAAGUCUGUGAAGACAUUGUCAUUGAUGAAGACAACAAGCUGGAGGAUGAUGAACAGUUCACAUACUCACUGACCUCCAAUGAUCCUGUGGUGUUUCUUGCUAGCAGUGGCACUGUAACCAUCGAGGAUAAUGACAAUGUUACAGUUGCCUGGGACAUGGGAAUGUACAGUGUACGAGAGGAUAGUGGGUCACUCAUGGCCUGUGUGGUGGUCACUGCUGGUACUCUGUGCCGUGACAUUGAGGUCUUUGUGUCAACUGCAGACUCUACAACACCACCGCCAGCUACAGCUGGUGAAGACUACUCCAACAUCCUUGCCCAACUUGUGGUGUUGAAACUGAGAUUUCAACGCAGUAUCGAUCUGACUGAUCAAGGAUGUGUGAAUGUGACAAUUUUGAGUGAUAUUUUCGUGGAGAAUGAUGAAGUGUUUGCUGUUCAUUUAUCAACUGAAGACCGUUCGGUUAUUCUUAAUCCAGAUCGAGCUGACGUCACUAUUACUGACAAUGACAAUAUUGAGGUUGACUUGGUGUCUGCAAUCAUCACUGUUGGAGAAGCAGGGGAAGACUAUGAGCCUCAUAUAAACACACCAUUGGUGUUCACUUCUGGAUCCACUGUUGGAGUGCAAGUCUGUGAAGACAUUGUCAUUGAUGAAGACAACAAGCUGGAGGAUGAUGAACAGUUCACAUACUCACUGACCUCCAAUGAUCCUGUGGUGUUUCUUGCUAGCAGUGGCACUGUAACCAUCGAGGAUAAUGACAAUGUUACAGUUGCCUGGGACAUGGGAAUGUACAGUGUACGAGAGGAUAGUGGGUCACUCAUGGCCUGUGUGGUGGUCACUGCUGGUACUCUGUGCCGUGACAUUGAGGUCUUUGUGUCAACUGCAGACUCUACAACACCACCGCCAGCUACAGCUGGUGAAGACUACUCCAACAUCCUUGCCCAACUUUGUGGUGUUGAAACUGAGAUUUCAACGCACAGGGAAGACUAUGAGCCUCAUAUAAACACACAAUUGGUGUUCACUUCUGGAUCCGCUGUUGGAGCGCAAGUCUGUGAAGACAUUGUCAUUGAUGAAGACAACAAGCUGGAGGAUGAUGAACAGUUCACAUUCUCACUGACCUCCAAUGAUCCUGUGGUGUUUCUUGCUAGCGGUGGCACUGUAACCAUCGAGGAUAACGACACUGGAGAGGACUAUGAGCCUCAUAUAAACACACAAUUGGUGUUCACUUCUGGAUCCGCUGUUGGAGCGCAAGUCUGUGAAGACAUUGUCAUUGAUGAAGACAACAAGCUGGAGGAUGAUGAACAGUUCACGUUCUCACUGACCUCCAAUGAUCCUGUGGUGUUUCUUGCUAGCAGUGGCACUGUAACCAUCGAGGAUAAUGACAAUGUUACAGUUGCCUGGGACAUGGGAAUGUACAGUGUACGAGAGGAUAGUGGGUCACUCAUGGCCUGUGUGGUGGUCACUGCUGGUACUCUGUGCCGUGACAUUGAGGUCUUUGUGUCGACUGCAGACUCUACAACACCACCGCCAGCUACAGGCGAUGCGGAUUACGGAGUCCUCAGUUCCCAGUCUUUAACCUUGACUGCUGGCACCACAUCAACUUGUGUUACUGUUGACAUUGUGAAUGACAUGGAGCCUGAGGAGGCACUAGAGUUCUUCAGUCUCGAGCUCAGUUCAACUGACUCAGAUGUAAUAAUCCCUACUCCAAUAGCUCGUGUUGCCAUUCAAAAUGACGACAUCAUUGUUCAAAUGGAACUGGCUGAAUAUAAUGUGUGUGAGGGUGUGGGAAGCCUGAUGGUGUGUGCUGCUGCCACUGGUGGGAGUGUGAUUUCCUCUUUCACUCUUGCCACAAAUCCAGGAACUGCCACUGCUCCAGAAGACUAUGAAGAUGUUAGUGUAGAGGUUGUGGGAGAGCAGAUUCCUUGUCUGAGCAUCACCAUAGAAGAUGACAUGGAGAGGGAAAGCUGUGAUGAGACCUUUACUGUUGUCUUGAGCACAUCUGAUCCCAGUGUCAUUAUUGUCUCACCAAACACGUCUACUGUUACCAUCUAUGACAAUGAAGAGCCCAGGAUUGAAUUCAUCAAUAAUACUCCAGAUUCUACUGGUUUCAAUAUAAGCUCAGAAUUUCAGAUAGAGGGCUGCAUCAAUCAGACAAUGUGUACCGUACGUCAAACUGGAGAAUCUAUUGCCUGUGAAAAUUCUGCGUCCUUCACACAAGAGCGAAAUGGUGCUCGCACUCUGAUUAUUACAGCCAGUGGCGUCUGUGGAAACAGUCAAACACUGUCCCGUAUUCUUCGAUCUGACGUCCCAGUAUGUGAUGUACAUCAAAUCAAUGGAGGAGUAGAGCAAGCAACUGUAGAUGGGAAUAGUGCAACUGUACUGUUUGAAGGAACAGGUCCAUCUGUUGACAAUGUUGUCACUGAUUUUGGGCUCAGCAUUAGAAGGGCGAGUGCAACAGAACCUGGAGAGUUUGACAAUAUCGUGACUGGCCUCAGGUGCUCUACAGCAGCUACUCAGGCUCCCUCUCCAUUUACUGUGACAUGCUCUGUGGAUAAUGGUUGGGCUAUAGCUAUCACCACAGUUCUUCUUGUUAUCUAUUAG